CAUCAGAAAAUGUCAAACUACUAGUGUGCUUACUGGAAAACUGGUAGUUGUAUCCGUUCUAGUCUCUAUCUUCUACCCCUUUUCCUCAAUUACAGUUAGGGUUUUACAUUCAUCUCUCUCAACUCUUUUCCAUAUAUUUUCCUCUUCAACUUUCUCAUCUCUUCUCUGUUUUCCAAAUCUCUGUAUCAACAUCAUCUAUGCAGCUCUAGAUCCAGAUUCAUCAUCAAUGUCAUCUCCGCCCAAUCACACCUCCGGUGCCGGAAUCUUCCCAAGAGUCAGAGCCAACGCGCAACCGUUCUUCGCCACGCGCCGCCCAUGGCGCGAGCUCCUCGGCGGCGCUCCGUCGUCGCGGUGGUCCUCCUUUGCUCGUCCCUACACUCUCGGCGAAGCCACGUUUCGCCUGAAGCGAAACCUCAACUACUUCCGAGUUAACUACGCCAUGUUCAUGUUGCUAAUACUCUUCCUCGGCCUCCUCUGGCACCCAAUCUCCAUGAUCGUCUUCCUCCUCGUCUUCGCAGCCUGGCUCUUCCUCUACUUCUGUCGCGACGAGCCUCUUAUGGUUUUCAAUCGCAUCGUCGACGAUCGCGCGGUGUUAAUUGUUCUCAGUUUGAUCACGAUCGUCGCUCUGGUCUUGAGUCGUGUGUGGUUGAAUGUGUUGGUUUCGGUUUUGAUUGGAAUGUUGGUGGUUGGUUUGCACGCGGUAUUUAGGGUUCCGGAUGAUCUGUUUCUUGAUGAGGAAGAAGCGGCCAACGGUGGCUUGCUUUCAGUCGUUCGAUGAUUCUUCUACUGAUGAUAUGGUUGUGGGUAUAUAUGUUAGACUACCAAUUCCGCAAUGCCAUUGAAGCUUUCAGGCAAUCAGGUUCUCAUUUUCAUGUUAGAUCACCAUUAGAGAGUAUAUAAAAGCAGAGACUGGCAGAGAUGCUUGGUAUUCAACAGGAGAAAGAAAACAUGAUGCUUGAGGGGUUUGGGAUGGGUGCGGAUCGAACUCACUUGUGGGCCCUUUGCAACUGGAAAUGCGACACACCAAUUAACCCUUAUAAAAGGAGCAGAGAUAGUCCUUUCCCAGAGAAAUAAUGUACAUAUAAAUGGUUGUAGUCGUCAUCACUGUUUCUGUUCGGUUUAGGGCUUCUUAGAAGAUGAAUCUUUUUAUCUUUGGAAUUAAGGAAAAAGAUAUUUGUUGCCUCAUAAAUAUGAUAGGUUUUUUUUUCCACUUCUAAUGUGAAUUCUUACAGUAUGUAAAUGUCGAACCAACGAUAUCCAUCAUAUUUCUCAUUAUUUUAUUUUAUUUUUAUA